AUGGGGAAUCGGAGGUUCACGCAAUUCCCAAUGAGAGAUGACGAGGAGGACGAGCCUCAUCCUAGGAAGCGAGUCUCUUGCUCCUCGAAGAAUCCCAUGGAGAGCGAGGCCGAGUCCAAGAGCAAGCGCCGGACAUUGGUGAAGCUCGUGGACGAGGACAGAGAUGGAGGUGAAACUGAGGAGGAGGAGGAGGAGGAAGCUGAUGAGGAUGUGAAGCCGAUCGGCGAGUCAGUUAGGUCUUCUGGGAAGGGGACGAAGUGGAGGAGCCAUUACAAGGCGUUUGAAUACGAUGGAAAUCAAUACGAGCUGGAGGAUACUGUACUUCUGGUCCCCGAGGAUAAACAUGAAAAACCGUAUGUGGCUAUCAUCAAGGUGUGUAUCAAGGAGUUCUACAGGUACUGCGUUAGGUUCAACCUGCAGGUUUUUGUGGAUAUUGCACAAACCACAACUCGAUGCACGAUGGUUACUGUGCAAUGGUUCUACAGACCUGAAGAGGCAAAGAAAAAAGGAGGUGGGAGUUGGCAGUCACGUGACAUUAGAGAGCUUUUUUAUAGUUUCCAUCGGGACGAGGUUCCUGCAGAUUUGGUGAUGCAUAAGUGUGUGGUACACUACAUUCCAAUCCACAAGCAACUCCCUCAUCGAAAACAAAAUCCUGGUUUCAUAGUGCAACAGGUUUAUGACACUUUUAAAAAGAAGCUAUGGAAGUUGAUCGACAAGGAUUAUAAAGACAAAAAGCAACGUGAGAUAGAUCUUCUCCUUCAGAAAACCUUUCAACGAUUGGGAGAUCUCCCAGAUAUCGAUAUAGCGGAUGCUCACACUAAUUAG